GGUAAACAAAUAAACGUGAUCAGCAUGGAGAAAAAAGAUAAUUCAUUAAAUUUUCAUCAAAUGGAGCUUGAUGACCGAAUAUUAAAGGCAAUCGCAAAGUUAGGAUGGAUUUCACCAACAUUAAUCCAAGAGAAAGCUAUUCCACUCAUAUUAGACAAAAAAGAUGUCUUAAUUCAAGCACGAACUGGAUCUGGCAAAACUGCAGCUGUUUUAAUUCCAAUCAUCCAGAAGAUCCUCAAUUCAAAAAGUUCAUUAACCGAACAAAGAACCAGUGCUAUCAUUUUAUCACCUAGCAAACUUCUUUGUCAUCAAACAAACAAAGUUUUGACAGAUUUGACUAUAAAAUGCAGCAAGAUCAUAAAGUUUGUGAAUCUUACAGCCAAAACACAAACAGCAGCUCAGAAACACAUUUUAUCACAAAAUCCAGACAUUAUAAUAGCAACACCAGCUAGAAUAUUAAGUCAUAUGAAGCAAAAGAAUAUAAACGUGAAGGAAUCACUUGAAAUGUUUGUGCUUGAUGAAGCUGACUUGCUCUUUUCGCUUGGAUUUAAGGAUGAAUUGAAAGAUAUAUUAGAAAAUUAUCUUCCAAACACUUAUCAAUCAGCUCUUGUAUCAGCUACGCUUAGUGAUGAAGUUAUGGAUCUAAAGAAAAUUGUUCUUCAUAAUGCUGUGACUUUGAAACUAGAGGAACCGGAACUACCACCAAUAACUCAAUUGACACAUUAUCACAUCUUAGCGGAAGAGCAGGAGAAAGCAGCCAUCCUGUUUACAUUAUUCAAGUUAUUCUUAAUUAAAGGAAAAUGUAUAAUUUUCGUUAACAAGGUCGAUAAGUGCUACAAACUAAAACUCUUCUUAGAUCAAUUUAAAAUUCGAGCACUUGUCCUGAAUUCAGAACUUCCAGCAAAUGCAAGAUGUCAUGCAGUAAACGAGUACAAUAGAGGAGCAUACGACAUAAUUAUAGCAUCAGAUGAGAAGACUUUAGUUAAGCCUGGAGAAUCAGCAAAGUCUAAAGUUAAGGAUGAUUCUGAUUAUGGAGUUUCUAGAGGCAUUGAUUUUCGUUGUGUCUCAAAUGUCAUCAAUUUUGACUUUCCAUUGGACGUGAAUUCAUACAUUCAUAGAGCAGGCAGAACAGCACGAGGAAAUAAUGAAGGAAAUGUCCUGUCGUUUGUGUCAUGUAAGGAACAGAAUAUGAUGGAAGCUGUUGAAGAACAUUUGGCAGCAAGUUAUACAAAUGGUAAUUCACAGAUUAUUAGAAGACAUGAAUUUAAGUUAGAGGAUGUGGAACCAUUUAAAUAUCGAGCAAAUGAUGCUUGGUUUGCAGUCACGAAAAAUGCAAUUAAGGAAGCAAGAUUGAAGGAAAUCAAGAAAGAAAUUUGCAAUUCUGAGAAGCUCAAGACAUUCUUCGAGAACUGUCCAAGAGAAAUGCAAGUUAUAAGACAUGACGCGCCAUUAAACAUCAUCAGAGGUCAAGAGCAUUUAUCAGAAGUUCCAGAUUAUAUUGUGCCGAAAGCACUUAAAAAUAUUGUAGGCAUCGUGACAAAAAAGAGGAAGCAUUUUACACCAAAGGCGAAGUUUAAUCCAAAGAACAAGAGCCAAACAAACAAUGCCUUAUCAUUUGAUAAAAUCGAUUACGGAAAGAAACGCAGGAAAAUAUAAAGGAGUUCAUUUUUUUAUUGUCAAAUUUUAAUUUUAUUGUAUUGUUUACAAAUAAAUAAAAAUUCGUCUAUAAAGGAGAGUGUAUAGAACAGCUACUUUUGAUAGAUGGUUGUAGUACAUUUUGUUUAUGGAAUGAAAUUUGAAAUUUAA